AUGCACGAUGCCGAUUCGGUCAGCUCACGGUCUGCUGUAUCAUUGGAGGCAAUGGACAUAAUUGAAGAUAGCAAUAUGGCCGAUGACUCGCCGCCCACCAGAGAUGCCGAGAGGAGCUCAGAUAUAAGCUGGCGGAAACAAGGGCAGGAGGAAGCGGCCCAUCGCACCAAGAGUCAAUCCGAGCUUCCUAACUCCAGCAAGACUGAUCAGUCUCACGAUCAGUUUGAUCGACAUAGUAUGGACUGUCGCCACGAGGACUUUGAUAUUGGAGUGGCGAAACGAGUACAAACAUGUUGA